AUGGCUCAUGGUCAUUUCCGUCACUCGCGCAUCAGCAAGAUAAUCAGCGCCAGGCGUCGCCUAGAAGCUGAGCUUGAUGAACAGCAUGCCUCCGAUUUACUUGAAAAAGAUGAUCCAUUUCAAAACCCCAUCCUCACCACUGAUAUACUUCCGACUGAAAAUUGCGACUCAAAAAACUCUAUAUGUCUUGAGCAUGACAUGAACGAAUCCGAUGCACUGCUUGAAAAGCGGGAUGUGACGACCUCCGCCGACCCGAAUGUUAUCGAGACUGUAUUGCAGAUAGUCGAUGCGAGCUCACAGACCCUCUUCAAGUCGACCGCUACUGACUUUUCGAUGACGAUAUCGGAUUCUACGGGUGCUAUUUACACUCUACCAAGCUCGGACAGCUUGGCUGCAGGUGCGACUGCGACUGCGAGUGCCAGUAUCUCUAUAGAUUUAGGACUAUUGACCUCGACAACGCCUGCCUCUGCUACCCAGCCGACAGCUUCGCCACUAUCUGAGACGUCUUUUUCAAGCAUCUCCGCGAAGGCUACUCAACCUUCUUUGACUGUCUCCACGAACUCCACCCAAACUUCUUUGACCAUUUCCACGAACUCCACCCAAACUUCUUUGACCUCCACAAAUCCCACAAGUCAAUUUCCGUCAGCAUUAAGAUCUUCGUCAGCCACAGUCAUCAAUUCGUCUGCAUGGACUUCUACUCGUCUCGGCGCUUCUUCCACCUCUAUUCUCUCUGUUGUGACAACGACACCCCAGGCGCACAAUUACUGGUCCUCCUCGACGACCCCCACCUCCAGCACAGAUUACACCACUUCUUCAUCAGAUGUAUAUGGAGGCUCUGGGCCCACUGACUCAGCGACUGGUACUGGAGCCGCGCCAACUACAAGUGAGACGCAAGCCUCCGGACCUGGUUCGACAAACAAUCCCGCCACACCUAAAAUCGUGGGCGGUGUAGUAGGAUCAGUUGCUGGUAUCGCUCUCAUUUUUCUUCUUCUAUUUUACUUCCUCCGCCGCCGAGGAUUCUUGAUGGGCAAAAUAGGACGUCCCACUAUGUUAGGUGACGCAGCAGCUGGGGCCGGAGCAGGGACUGGGUCUAGAGAAAUGUCUCAAAGGCGUGAGAGCAACGACCCCCUCUUCACAGCCUCAUACCUGGCCCCCGCAUUCAUGAAGCGCUGGCGUCAGUCCACGGCAACAACCCGUUCUGGAAGCACCAUCGACUCUGUCCCCAGCGAGCGCGGGUUCCAAAAGAUUUCCGGCAGAAAACUUCCUCCCGUAUACACCCACGGCGGCGAUGGAUAUGGAGGCGGAAUAGAUGGCGAGUCCCCCACCGUACCAGCAUCGGGACCAAUCGGAUCGACCUCUUUCUAUGCUCCGCCCCCAUCCUCGCAAUAUGGCAUGCCCCUGGAUUCAAACUACACUCGCGAGGUUGAGGAGCAUACCCCACCGACCCGACCCAACGUCGUGCAUCUCCCUAUCUCCAGUUCGGUCAACGUUUCCACUCCGGUCACUGUCACACCGGCCCACCCGGUUGCACAACCGCAGAGCGCAAUUCCCUUUGCGCCGCCGCGGCCAGAUGGCCUCGGCCGCAGUUUGCAUAGUUUCGACGGGAGUCGAAGCAGCCGCUUUACUGAGGUUAUUGAGUAA